UCCAUUACCAUCUUCAACCACCCAAUUCUAAGCCUGGUUCACACCACCUAUCCCUCCCUCCCUUAAGCGCCAUGGCGUACCCGAGAGUUAGUGCCACCCACAUGACCCACGCCGUCACCACCGUCGAGUGCCACAAACAAGUACGGUCAUGGCGUCUUCUUCGCUCUCUCAUCGAACUCCUUAUCCCAACUUGCAACUGCACCUUUGUAGAAGAGGAUCGUCACCAUCACCAUCAAGAUACCAAAGAGUUCGGCUUACACUAUUGGCACCCAAGCUUUUCUUAUCCCAGAAACAUCAUAACCGGCACCAUAUUCGGUUACCGAAAAGGAAAAGUCCACUUCUGCAUCCAAACAAACUCCAUGUCCAACCCAAUUCUGUUGCUCGAAUUAGCUCUUCCCACAACAGUCCUGGCCAAGGAAAUGCAAGGAGGGUUUCUCAGAAUAGCCCUGGAGUCUUCUACUCUGGGUAAUUCACCAAACUACACCUCUCUUCUGUCCACUCCGGUGUGGACUAUGUACUGCAACAGCAGGAAAGUUGGGUAUGCGGUUAAGCGACGGCCUACAAAGCAUGACGUAGAAGCUUUGAGGAUGAUGGGUUCGGUUGCGGUGGGAGCUGGGAUUAUAACUGGGAAGAAGGAGCUUAAUGAUGGUGAUGAUGAUGAGAUUAUGUACCUGCGAGCAAAUUUCGAGAGAGUUUUCGGUUCGGCAAAUUCAGAAUCAUUUCAUUUGAUUGAUCCGGAUGAAAGUAUUGGUCAGGAGCUUAGUAUCUUCUUUUACCGUUCAAGGUGACAUGUUUGGUUCAAAGGAGAAGUUGGUGGGAUGGUUUGCCCUGGUGUAUCUACUUAGAAUUUUUGCUUAACAAGCAAUCAAUGAUUUUUUACCCUUCUUUUUUGAGCUUCGCUUUGAGUAGCAAGCUUUGUUUGGGGUAUCAAUUAGUUAUAAUAUUAAUGGUUCUCGGGUUUACUUGUAAUUACUAUUCGAAGUAUAAUC